CUGCAGCCGCCGCCACACCGCCAGUUCCUGACCGCGCAACGCUGCUGCCUAACGGGAGGAGCAGCUGCCGCUGAGCCCACAGGCACUGCCCCCCCGCCCCCGGACGAGCCCCAUGGAGUUCACCGCUCUUCUGCCGCUGCUGCUCGUGGUGCUGGGUGCAGGUACGCAUGCCUCAAACAACACCACCACGGAGACCACCACCACCGAGACAACCACCACAGAGACCACCACUACCGAGACCACCACUGUGGAGACGACCACCACUGAGACAACCGUGAUGACGCCCACUCUGAACAACGUGACCUCCCAGAACACCAGCAGCAAUGUGUCCCUUGGCCCUGUCCCAUCCCAUGUGACAGUGUUCCCAACAGGCAACAGCUCUGCUGGCAAUGCCACAGCUGACAGCACCGCGGUGCCCGUCUCCAUUAUCCCCAUGUUCCCCCACUCCAACAUCAGCACAAACAGCAGUGGGGUCCCCCCCUCCACAGCCAACACCGCAGCCAACGGCAGCUCCGUGGUUCCCACCUCUCCCGUGGCUGGUGGUACCGUAAUCCCCACGUCCAACACCAACGCCACCGUGAACAACAGCGCCGAGGUUGUCCCCACAAAGACAGCUUCUGCCACCUCUCAGGGCAGCACAGUGCACGUCAAGACCCCCACAGCCAUGCUUGGGAGCAGCGGGGGUCCCAACCCCAGCAAAGCCACAGCUCUGCCUCCCACCAUGGUCCAGCUGCUCCUCCGCAUCCCGCUGUCCUUCCGCAUUCUGAACAGAAACUUCAGCCAGAGCCUGGUCGAUCCCACGUCGAAGGAGUACAGGAGCCUGAGCCAUGCUGUCUUGACCAUGUUUGAAAGUGUCUUUGGCUGCACAAGCUGCAUGGGCAGGCAGACCUACAAGGGAUGCAGUGAGCUCCGUUUCAGCCAAGGGUCGGUGGCAGUGCAAUCCACCCUCGUGUUUGGGCACAGCAACGACUCCAUCACAAGUGACUCUGCUGAGAAGAAGCUGAGAAGCCAGCUGGACUCGAAUGGGUACAUCAUGGAUCUGCAGCUGGCUGACAUCCAAAGCGGUGUGGAAGUGACGGCCCCGGUGGUGCAGCCUCAGGUUCCAGACUGGGCCAUUGCUCUGCUGGUCCUGGUCUGCGUCCUGCUGCUGCUGAGCAUCCUCAUCUGUGCUCUCCUGACCACCUGCUCUUGCCGCCGGAAGAGCCGAGGGAAGCUGGACCUGUUCAGCACAAAGGACUCCUACCACCCCAUGGCUGAGUACCCCCCGUACCAGAGCCACGGGCGCUACGUGUCCCCCAACAGCAAGCACAACCCCUACAGCCAGGUGGCAGGCACCAUUGCGGGGGGCGGCACCUUCACCUACACCAACCCGUCCGCCUCCUCCGACAACCUCUAAGGGAUGUGAGGGGACGAGGGGACGGGAUGGCCAUGACCCCCCCGCUCCUGGGGCAUCAGCACCGGCCCUGGGCACGUCCCCCGGCGCCGCUCAGCCCCUCGCCAUGGGCAGCGGGAGCCAGAUGGUUCUGGAGCAGCCGGAUUCGCGCACAUGACAGAACUGGAAGAACAAAUAUUUGGGGCACGAGUGCCCCGCACACACCCCUUUUUCCUCCCUCAUGGCCCCACUCCAAGCCCCCCAGCCUGGCUGCGCACCCCCUGUUCUGUGCUGUGGGCAGGGGGCUGGGCUCGCAUCCUGCCUGUGCUCGCCCCCAGGGGUCCAAUUGUUCUUUUUGUGGUGUUGUUUUAUAUAAUAUAUGUAUAUAUAUGUUGGGGAUGGCGGUGCCAGGCUCUGCGGCUGGGCUCCGCGGGGCUGCGGGGUUGCGGGGUCCUUGGCGGUGGUGUAUUUAUCGCAUUUCACAAUAAAAAGAUGGGCGCAGUCGGGCUUGG